GUGGUCGUGGUAGUGCCGCCGAGCCGCGGCCGCCCUCCGGCUCCCUUCCCUCGGCGGGGCGAUGGGAGCGGGGCCGGCGUGCCUGUACCUCUGCCUGUGCUGGGCGCUGGCCGCCCGGGCGAGCGGCGCGACGGAGCCGCGGCUGCAGCGGGGCAUGCCAAAUGUCUGUCCAGUGUUUGAGUUGGCACUGGUAGGACACCAACAGCCAUGUGUUCAAGCCUUUAGUCGUAUGGUCAAGAUGUGGAAACAAGGUUGUACAAGGAGGAGAUGGUGUAUGGGCUAUGAGAGAAGGUCUGGGUACUACACAGUUUACAAGCAGAUGUACAGAAUGGAGCGUCAAACUGUCUAUAAGUGCUGCCCUGGAUGGGUCCAACAUGACAAUGAACCUGGCUGUUUGCACUUGCUGUGCAGUGUUGGCACUUGCUUCAAUGGAGGGAAAUGUUCUGAAGCAGGAUCCCAGAUGUGCCAAUGUCCUGCAGGAUUUCAGGGUCCUCGCUGCCAGUAUGACGUGAAUGAGUGCACCACUGAGAACGGUGGCUGUCAUGACCAGUGCUGUAAUACCAUCGGCAGCUACCACUGCAAAUGUCCAGCUGGCCAGAAACUGGAGGAAGAUGGAAAAUCAUGUGGAGACGUGGAUGAGUGUGCGGUGGUGAAUGGUGGCUGCCAGCAAGGCUGCGUCAACACGCACGGCUCCUUCCACUGCCAGUGCCGGGCGGGAUACAGGCUCCAUGCUGAUGGGCGCACUUGCAUAGCCAUCAAUUCCUGCAGCGUUAACAGGGGGGGCUGCGAGCAGGAAUGCGUUCAGCUCGGUGAAGACCGCUACAAGUGCCAGUGCCAGCCGGGCUACCAGCUGAAGAGGGAUGCCAAAUCCUGUGAAGUGAUAGACCCCUGCACAAGUGGGAAUGGAGGAUGCUCACAAAUCUGUCAGAAUGAGAGAGGAAUUGCAAAAUGCGAGUGUCAUCCAGGGCAUUAUCUUUCUGCAGACAAAAAGUCCUGUUUAGACAUUGAUGAGUGUGCAGAAGGGAGAGCCAGGUGUGCUCAUCGUUGUGUGAACACUCUGGGAUCCUUCACCUGUGUCUGUAAUCCCGGCUUCGAGCUGGGGGCUGAUGGAAAGCAGUGCUACCGCAUUGAAAUGGAAAUUGUCGAUAGCUGCCAGGACAACAACGGUGGCUGCUCUCACCACUGCGAGCACACGACUGCGGGGCCGCGCUGCUCCUGCGACGACGGCUAUCGCCUCGAUUUCGAUGGCAAAAUGUGCGCAGAGCUGGACGAGUGCGAGACCGGAGAGUCCUGCUGCUCCCAAUUCUGCAUCAAUUAUGCGGGUGGCUACGAGUGUGCCUGCAAAGCGGGGUUCCAGCUGAACGCCGACGGCUGCGCCUGCGACGAUGUGGAUGAAUGUCGUCUUGAUAAUGGCAACUGCGACCAUUUCUGCGUUAAUUCUCUGGGGUCGUACGAAUGUGCAUGUAAGGAGGGUUACAGGCUUGGUGUUAACAGGCGGUCCUGCAUCGCCCUAGGUGGGGAGGAGGUGGAUGCGGAGGAGGCAGCGGGGUUCGCCGGGGCUCCGGGGCUGCAGUUCAGAGGUCCCCCCCAGCUCCUUCGCUACGCGCUCGGUGCCGUCUACGAGGACGAAGACCCCCGAGGAGAGCUCACCCUGGUGCAGAGGGUCGUUUGCCUUGAUAACACUUUUGGCAAUGACUGUAGCUUGAGCUGUGAGGAUUGUCUGAACGGAGGCAGAUGUAACAGUGAACACAGUGGCUGUGUUUGCUCACCUGGGUGGACCGGCAUUAUCUGUAAUGAAACUUGCUCCCCCGGGACGUACGGCAGAGGCUGCGCCAGCGUUUGCAAGUGCCAGAACGGAGGCUCCUGCGACCCCGUCACGGGGCAGUGCCGCUGCCCGCCCGGCGUGCACGGCAAGCUCUGUGAAGAUGGUUGCCCAAAAGGCCUCUUUGGGAAGAACUGUAACAAACCGUGCAACUGUGCCAACAACGGCUAUUGCCACAGACUCUAUGGAGCCUGCCUGUGUGACCCCGGGCUCUACGGGCGCUUCUGCCAUCUUACUUGUCCCAGGUGGGCCUUCGGAGCUGGCUGCUCGGAGGAGUGUCAGUGCGUGAAAGAGCACACGCUGGAAUGCAACGCAAGGAACGGGACUUGCACCUGCAAGCCUGGUUAUCACGGCAAAAAGUGUCAGAAAGAGUGCACGCCUGGCUUUUAUGGGGCUGGUUGCAAACUGAGGUGCAGCUGUCCUACCGAUGUUUUGUGUGAUCAUGAGACGGGAGUCUGCAAACAUCCGUGUCCACCUGGGUUUCAUGGAGAAAAAUGCCAUUUAUCUUGUCAGCCCGGGAGCUUUGGCAUGAACUGCAGGCAGAGGUGCAGCUGUGGAGAAGCACCAUGCGAUCCAAAGACGGGACAGUGUAUUUGCCCAGCUGGGAAGACUGGUGCUACGUGUGAGCAAGAUUGCCCGGCCGGCUGGUGGGGACCAGGCUGCCGGUCCUCCUGUGAGCCCUGCGCCAACGGCGGACAGUGCAACGGAGAAACUGGAGCCUGUGACUGUCCCCCUGGCUACACUGGGGCAUCCUGCUCUGCAUCCUGCCCCGAUGGUUACUAUGGACAAAACUGCCUGCUGUUAUGCAGCUGUAGCAGCAGUGCUCAGUGUCACCACGUCACCGGAGAGUGCACGUGUCCCCCCGGCUGGACUGGCCACGACUGCAAACACCCCUGCAAUAGUGGCCGUUGGGGACAGCGCUGUGAAAACACGUGUGUCUGCAAUAACAGCGACGGUAGCUGCGAUCCGGUCACCGGCUCCUGCUUCUGUGAGCCGGGAUUCACUGGGAAACACUGCGAAACGAGAUGCCCCGAGGGAAGCUUUGGCCCGAGCUGCGAGUACAGCUGUCAGUGCCAGAACGGAGCUGCCUGCGACCACGUGAGCGGAGCCUGUACUUGCGCAGCGGGCUGGACAGGAACCUUUUGUGGAAGAGCUUGUCCAGAUGGAUUCUUUGGGCUUGACUGCCACCAGGUGUGCAAGUGCAAGAAUGCUGCUGGCUGUGACCACGUCCUGGGAACAUGCCGCUGCCUCCCCGGCUGGCUGGGAGAGACCUGCGAGCAGCCCUGCCAGGGGGACAGCUACGGGCCAGGCUGCAGCCACACUUGUCACUGUCACAACGGAGCGCUCUGUCAUCAUGUAACCGGGACGUGCCUUUGUAGCCCGGGGUGGAAAGGAGCCACCUGCCAAGAAGCCUGUCCUCCUGGAUGGUACGGUGCAAACUGUCUACAGCGCUGCGUCUGCCACGGCCAGGCGACGUGUGACCGCGUGACGGGCGAGUGCCUGUGUCCCCAGGGUUGGACGGGGAUAGCGUGUGAGCUGGAGUGUGGGGACGGGAGGUACGGAGAGGGCUGUGAGCACAACUGUAGCUGCCACCAUGGGGUUUGUGACCAGCACUCGGCGAAAUGCAUCUGCCACGCCGGCUGGACUGGGGACCGCUGUGAUGUUGUCUGUCCCCCGGGGCUUUUUGGCAAGCAGUGUGAGGAGCAAUGUGACUGCGUGCACGGCUUGUCCUGCCACCAUCAAACUGGAGCGUGUCACUGCGAAAAGGGAUGGCGAGGGAGGCACUGUGACAAACCUUGCUUGCCCGGCCGCUAUGGCACGGGCUGUGCCCAGCGGUGCCGGUGUCCCGUGGGUACCCCCUGCCAUCACCUGACGGGCGAGUGCGGCUGUCCUCCGGGAUUCACCGGCUACGGCUGUGAGAAAACUUGUCCACCGGGCACGUAUGGUAAGAACUGUAACCGAGUAUGUCAGUGCUCUGCCGAGAAUGAGGAAUGUCACCCGGUGACCGGCGACUGUGUGUGCCGCCCGGGGUACUACGGGGCCCGCUGCAACCUCCGGUGUCCAAAAGGUACUUAUGGUUCAAACUGCCAAACCCCUUGUAAAUGCAUGAAUGGAGGCCAGUGCGACCCUGCGUCGGGAACUUGUGAUUGCGCGCCUGGUUUCAUUGGAGCCGACUGUAGUAAAACUUGCCCUGAAAACCGAUACGGGAAGGACUGCACCCUGUUCUGUGCAUGUGGUAAAGGUCAGUGUGACCCACGGACUGGCAAGUGUACCUGUCCUCCCGGCCAAACGGGACCCAGCUGUCAGCAAGUGUGUCCCCAGGGACAAUAUGGCCCCAACUGCCACCUGACAUGUACCUGUCAGAACGGUGGUAUCUGUGACCACGUGGAUGGCAACUGCACUUGUGGGCUCGGCUGGACAGGAAGAUCGUGCGAGAAAGAAUGUCUCCCAGGGAAGUACGGGUCUGGCUGCGGCUUGGACUGCUCGUGCCAGCACAACGGCACCUGCGACAGGUUCACGGGCUGCUGCCAAUGCCCCGAGGGUUACUACGGCCACUCCUGUGAGCACAGGUGUCCCUUUGGAUUUUAUGGGCUAAGCUGUCUUCAUGCAUGUGCCUGUAAAAAUGGAGCGAGCUGUGAUGCAGUGACAGGACAGUGCAUUUGUCCGUUCGGCUAUCAAGGUGUCUACUGCGAGAAAGGCUGCGACAGGGGCUGGUUUGGCGAGAGGUGCCGACACCGGUGCGACUGUGGAGGAGCUCCUUGUGAUCCAGAGACUGGGAAGUGCCUUUGCCCACCUGGGAAGACUGGAGACAAAUGUGACGUUGAAUGCAGGUCAGACCAGUACGGCCCCGACUGCUCCCUGCGAUGCCAGUGUGCCAGCAAAUCCCAGUGCAAUCCGUACAACGGGAACUGCGUAUGCCCAGCCACGUGGAUGGGGCCAACCUGCAAAGAAGGUGGCCCUCCAAAGCUUCCUUUUUAUGAAGAACAAACUCAAGAAAGAGGGAAUAUUUUUCCAAGAGCUCUACAACAGUAACAUUUGGACUAAUAAAUGAACUGUUUUAUAUGCACAGACGGUAUUUGAAUUUGGAUAUGAAAACAGCUAUUCAAUUCAGCUUGAAUUGUACUGAAGUAUUCACACUUCUUAUGGAAGACUACAGAGGCCAUUUAGUAGCUGGAUCCUUUUAAAAAGUUGAAUCUGUUUCAUGUAUUUAUUCCUAGCUCUUACCCCUCCAUUAAUCUGCUCUGGACAUUCUUUCUGAUAUAUAAUAUAAUUCAUUGUUUGAAAGCUUGGACAUGUUUUUAAUAAGACCAGCUCCAAAGAGUAUCAGGCUAAGCAGUAUGUAACAUAUCAACGUGCAGUGAGCCACACCACGUAUAAGUGGCUUUCUGAACCUGCUUGACAACCAGCAUGAACUUUAAUGAGCAUUUCACGGAUUAUGAAGCCAAUAUGGAUUCACUGCAAAAUCACAUUGCACAGAAACUAGUGGGAUUCACCAAAAUAAUUCCUCUUUGAAGAACAUUGUGUGCUCUAGAAAAGCAUUCAGUCUAAUUUUAAACUCGCAACUGAAGAAGAAUCCACCACAGUUCUCAAUAAGUUUUUAAUUAAUUUAAGAAUAUGUACCGCAUUGCUAGUGUGGAUUGACUGAUUGGAAGGUCUCCAUCUAUAUCUUGCUUAUGUCUGAAACCAUCUUCCAAAGAGCAUGGUGUCAUCUGUCACACUUUUGUGGCUUUCUGUAUUCUCCCAUCUUGUCAGCUGAGUUUCUCGGUGGUUUGUCGAGUCAAACUGCGCAGCAGUUCUCACCAAACAGUACCUGCUAAUGCAGAAAAGAGUUUUAUCCUGGAUAGAGAAAGCAUAAUAAGCAAGGAUAGAUGUUUAAAGAUAAUCUCUGUGUUCUUUAUAUAAAGGAUUAUAAUGUGCUUUUACUGCACAAUAGUUUGAUUAAGUCAGCUUUAAAAAGUCCUGAUACAAUUCAACAGCUGCUGUUGGUCACUUAAUAGAACAAAGACUUUUUGGUGCUAUUUUGUCUUUUUAGACAGGUUGUUCUUUAAUAUAGGACUAUGUCAUAAUAAAGAAAUAAUGUUCUUUAUUUUAAUGUUCUGAGUUAACCAGACUAAAAGAUUUCAGAGUACCUCUUUAUACCUCUCUUUAGGUUAGGAGUUACAAAAUCUAUGUAGUAACAACCACUUGAGUCUGACUAUAUCAAAAGUGCACUUAUUAAAGGGCGUCAGGACCAUGGGCUCAGCAGACGUGGUAAUACAGGCAGUUCCAGGUCUUGUGUUCACACUACCAUUCACACACCAUAACGAACUGCAACUGUGCAAGAGAAGGUUUUUGUCUUAGAAGAGACAAAGUGACAAUAAUUGGUGCUAACUUGUGAUUUUUAAAGAUGAUGUUUGUUGCUGCAGUUGGAUAAUGAGUAGGUGAAGUAACAGUUUUAACCUGUGGUUCACCUCAGGUCUUAAACACAUCUGUAGUCAUUAACUGUCCAGUAGGAAGAAUGCUUGAUCACCUGGGAGUUUAAUUCAAACUGUGAUCUAUAGGAAGCAAUACAGGUUUGGUAGGUAUUUUUCAAGCUUCAUGGAAGUCUUAUUGUUGUUAUUCAUCAUUUCAUCGGUAUUGAAAGUCAUCCGAAACACAGUAAAGAUAUUUGUGAAUGUGUCAAAAUUAAUUAACCAACUGUGCUUUCAGCCAGAAAAUCACAGGGGCUGAUGCUAAUCCCUUGUCAUUUCUUCUUUAGAGCUCUAUAAAUGUCGCUGGAAAGUUUACUCAAUGUAAAUGUGGCAAAAUUGUUGUCCCAAAACUAGUCAGAAGUGUGUGGCUCUCUGCAGGGCUUUACUGUCAGCUGUGUCAUUUUAAAUGUUCUUUUGGAGAUGUGAUGGCCUGGGUCUGGUCCUACAAUUAUGUGAAUUUGGGGCAAUUUCACUGAACUGGAACUGAUAAGGUAACUCUCGUGUGAGACAGUUAGAUAUAAUCUUAGCAACUGCUGGAGAAGAACGAUCCAAGUUAAGCAAUUGACAUGUUUUGAUCUUAACUAUGUAUUUACCGCAGAGCCAAACUACAGGAGUAAUCCAAGCGUCGCAUUAUAUUCAAGAUUUUUCAUAGAAUCAUAGAGUAAGUUAAGUUGUAAGAGACCUCUAGAAGUCCAGGCUUCUCUUCAAAGCCUGGUCAACUUCAGAGUUAAAUGGCAUUGCUCAGAGAUUCUUCCAGCUGAGUUCUGAGUAUCUCCAAGGAUGGAGAUCCCACCACCUCGUUGAGCUCUUGUCCCAGUGAAAAUGUCAUGCUCGCUUUUUUUUUUUUUUCCUAGUUUCUAAUCAGAAUUUCCUAAGUUUCAACUUUGGUCCGCUGCUUCUCAUCCUUUCAGUGUGCAUCUCUGAGAAGUGUUUGGCUUCAUCUCAUCUACAGCCCCCAUGGGGUAGUUGAAGACAGCAGCAAUACCUCCCCUUGGUCUUCUCUUCUGAAGACUGAGCAAACCCUGCUCCCUCAGCCCCAACUGUGCCAGCCCCCAUUACCUCGGUGACCCUCCACUCUCCCCGUCCCAGUACAUCGGACAUUUCAGUUUAGGGAAAGACGCCCGAUGACUGGUAUGGUUACUCAGCAGCUAAUACAUAAAACCCCAGAACUUAUAUUUUGCUGUUUGACAGCACUUUAUAAAAUGUACUGUUUUUUUCUUAUCUAUGUAUACUGAUAGGUGAUUACAGCAGCUAAUCAAAGGGGAAGCCUUUCUCAAGCCAUAUUAUUUACACCUGUGUAUACUUGUUUACAUUUUCCACAGUACCUUGAUAAUAGAAUUGUAAAUAUGUAGUAUAAAGGAAAUAAAAGAUUUUUGUAUUAAGUAUUUUUAAAGAAUGUCACAAUUUUAGGUACAUGAUGAAACACGUAUUUUAAGUGACUGAUACUGAGCCUGUGCCAAUGAAUUAGAGGCCCAAGUAGAUCUGCCUGGGAAAUAUUUCAGCAAACUUUUUUUUAAAUCCAAAAAUGCCACUUCAUACAAAACCAUUCACAUGCAAUAGUCUUUUUUAUGCAUUCCUCCUUCAGAAUACUUCUUAGCUUCUUUAUGCUAUUGCUUUGGGGAAAGAAGUUCACUUCAGUGCCAUUAAACAGAUCGUAUGACCUUGUUCCAAAGCAAAGUACCAUCAUAUAAAGGUAAAAAAUGAAAUAUUUCAUAUUAAAAGAUUACUUUUGAUGGGGUGGUUUUAAAUGUCUUUUCUUGGUUCUCUAUUUGUGAAGGUUUUCACUUUUUUCACAAGGCAGGGAAAAUGUUUACAGGAUGUCGUUUUCUAGAAGAAGGGCCAAAACUUUACAUCAUUAGCUAUUAAUUAAGGAAGUUUACUUGCUUGCGAUGUCGUUAAUAUGUUUUGAUGCUGCUCCUUACUGCAGAUUAACAAAUUUACCUAAUUCUGUGCCUACAAAAUGGUCUUUAUUAGACAGCAUGUACUUUUUAAUGGAAAAACUACUAACUUAGUUUUUCCGGAGAUUGAUUUUGUGGCAAGUGAGUUUAAUUACUACUAAAAUAAUAUAACUCUGCUUACUUGCUUUGUCCGAUUCCAGUGAAAAACUGUCAGUCCUGAACAUAGCACUGGAGCUUGUUGAAAAUGAAAGUGAAAACUUCAGUGAAAAUGGCUUUUAUAUUUAAAUUUAUGUCCAUCUUCCACUUGGUAAAUGCCUUUUCUUGGCUCUCCAUUUCCCAGAAGACUGAAGUUAAUUAUGCUUUCUUGAAAAGAGUGCUCUGUGUAUUCCACUGCAACACACUUGCGUGCACAGAUAACUCCUUUCAGAAAGACAUUUAAAUUACUUUGACCAUGCGGUUUCUGUGCCAAAUCCCACUCUCUUACCUUGUUGUAUAUUCCAGAUAACUUCAGUUUGAGAAGAGUGGAAGUGAGUUGAGUGUAACUCAGUGGGUCCAGCAGAAUCUUACUCAAUGUGAAUUCACGAAACCAGAACAUGUUUUAAGUUAGACUUCAGUAUUUAUAACACUGUCCUCAUAGGAAAACAAUCAGAAUUUUAAAAAUUCCCUGCUUUCCCUGCCAAAAAUUAUUAUUCUACUUUCAUCCUUUUUAUGUUGAAGAACUAUAGCUAUUAAAGUUUGCCCAGAUUUCUUGCCAACCAUAUUAUUUUGAUUGGCUGCAGAUUUCUGUUUGUGUAAGUAAUAACCAUCAUAGUAUCUGGAGCUGCCAACGGGACAAACAUGGAAAUUAUACCUUUAUGUCCUUCCCAGAAGAGCCAAAGACACUUUUUGGAGCCAUGGUGGCUUCAUACUGUUGAUCUAACAGUGACAAAUGACGUUUCUGUUAGAGUUUAUCUUCUUAUCAGAGCAAAGGAAAGCUUAGGAAGAGUCCUUGAGAGAACUGGUGGACCAAGAAACCUCCAUCUUCCCAUCCUUGCGUUAAUUUUUUUCUAGUUAGGCUAGAAACCCUCUCAGUCCCCAGUUCUUGAAGGACUUUUCCUGCACGUCGACCUGUGGCUGACUGCAGCAGCUCUGUGCAUGAGCUGCGACUGCCCAAUAAUUCUUUUGUGGGGUCAAAGCUUUAAAUUCUAACACUGUGUAAAGCAAUUUCUAGGAGUAAACACCGUAUCUCAGACUUGUAGAGCAUAAAUUGUUUAUUCUGUUCUUUUUAUUGCUUUUAAUAAGCACUUGCAUAGCAAUAUUAUGUCUUUGUGAAUUUGUAAUCCCUCCUCAAAGAAUAUGUGGGAUGUAUCUCAAAACUGUACUGUACUUUCUGUUGUACACGUAUUGUAGCAAAAGGAUGCUGACUUUUUUAUAUAAACAUGUCGUUAAAACUU